AAGAGACCAAGUGAACCAUGAUAGAAGAAUUAAGCUUACCGGUUUUUCAGACUUGAGAUACCAUGGAGCAGAUGACAUAUACGGAGCUAGACCAAGCCCAGCUUUACGAGCUUCCUCUAAUUCGAUUUGCUUCCUAUGAUCUUUCCUUGACUUAAAAGCAACUGCAAAAUCCCCAAGAUCAUGUCAACAAACAUUGAAAAGUUUCAAAUCUUGACAUGACUACUAUUGAUUCACCGAGUAACAGUUAAGCUAGACACUGAGUCAAUAUAUCCAUGCAUGUAGUUUAUUAUUUUUGUUCAUUAAUUCUGAAGUAAUCUCUGAUCAAUAUUUCGUUGCAUAAAGGAGAGAAUCUCUCAGGUUUACUAUGAACAACGACUGGAUUUUCAGAAAACGUAGAAAACAAUAAAUCAGAGUCUAAGAAGUAUCGCAAAUCAAAGAGAAUCUACGAUACAAACCUCCCCAAAUCAGUUUUAAAAACCCUAACUUUCUGAUGAAGAUACGAAAUUAGAACUAAAUUCUUGACCACUAAAGGGAAACUAACAACCAAAAAUCCAGCUAGGAACGUACAAGUAAAAUUGAAUGAAUGCGACCUGAAGCCGUCGCCAUGGUUAUCCUCGUCAAGCUUCGAUUCACCCAAAAAAAAAUGCGAGAUUGAGAAAAACUAAGAAAACUUCGAUUAUUAUAUAUCUCUCGGGCGUUAAUGUAAGGCGGUGUAAUUGAUUUGUAGCCCUAACUUCCUGAGGAAUUUUUUUAAUUUUUCCCUCUGGAUUAAUUUUUUUUUACCAACUUGUCCUUUGAAUUAAACUCGGGAGAGAAAAAAUUCUGUCAACUACUGUAUAUAUUCUCGAAAAAAAAAAAAGAAGACUAGUUUCUUCUACAAGAAAAAGAAGGAAAUUAGGGUUUUAAUCUUCUUCGUUUUGGAAAAGGAACCAUAAAAUUCUAUGAAACAGUUUCUGUCGGAUCAGGAACCAUCAAAAAAUCUAUAAAACAGUUUACGUACGGAUCAAAGCAAGAUCUCACAAAAUUCGAGAAGUUGAAUACGGACAGUACUCAAUCAAUCAAAGGAAAAUCUAGAGUUUUGGGUUGUUGUGAAUUGGGAUUGACGAUGUUCGAGUGUUACGCUCCAGAAGUGCCUACCGGAAAGUAAAAGGAGGAAGAAGACCAAGGAGACGUCUCACUCGUGGUCUGGGUUAUCGUUGUUACCGGAUGAGAUAGCUCUGAGAUGCUUGGCUCGUGUUUCGAGAUUUGACCACGCGGCCUUAUCUCUCGUCUCCAAGAGCCACCGCUCUCUCGUAGCUUCCACUGAGCUCUUCUACUUGAGAUGGGAGAUGGGUUGCACCGACGUGUCUAUGUACGUAUGCAUGAAAGUCUUUCCUAACCCAACUCCACGGUGGUUCAUUCUUACCCCUAAUAGACGACUGAACCCGAUCCAGUCAAAUCCUUACCAGCCUCCGGAUUCAUCUUCUUUCGUUGUGGUGGAUGGGGGAAUCUUUGUAAUUGGUGGACUCAUCGACGGCAUUCCCACUACGGAUGUGUCGUUCCUCGAUUGUUACUCUCACACAUGGCACCGCGUCAAGUCCAUGAAUAUGCCUCGAGCUUCCGCAUCGGCAUGCUUCGUAGACGGGAAUAUAUACGUGUUUGGAGGGUCCGAGCAUUACGCUCAUGACCAUAUAUGGGCAGAGGUAUUUGAUCGAGAGACUCAAACUUGGGCUCCUUUCAUGUUUUUGACCCACAAUUGGGAUUUUGAGAUACCACAAAAUAAAAUUAUACACCAGAGUUUGGCUAUAGAGGUGAAGAAGAUUUUCGCGUUGAAUGAGAAAGAUCGAAGAUUCUACAUCUUGCCAAGCGAUGAGAUAGUAAACACAAAGGAUUGGUGUAUCAUUGAUAAACUAUUGUACUGUCGCGGUACUCGCGGAAAAAUCUUAUGGUGUGAGCUAAAUGAAUUGGAUUGGAAGGAAGUUAAAGGCUUGGAAGAUUUGCAACACUCUCUCUCUAGUUCGAGAUAUUCCUUUAAUAUCAACAAACUCUGCAGCAAUUCUGCUGGAAACAUUGUUAUCUUUUGGAUUGCGCAGAGUUUGGACCUUUGGUGUGCCGAGAUUUCCAUGGAGAGAUGCAAGGGAGGCGAGAUUUGGGGAAAGAUUGAGUGGUUUGGUGUUGUUUUUGAAGUUGAUCCUUUCUUACACUCAUCAUAUGGUUUUAAGGUCUUAUAUUCCGCGUCUGUCUAUGUCUGAAAUUUUAAUCUUCACAGUCAUUGUUAACUAUUCCAUUUGUGGAACAAUGGCUAGAAAGCCACUAUCUGGGGAAAAACCUAAAAUGCCACCUUUCUAAUUUCUAA